CUCGACCGACGUUCAGUGCAAAGCAUUUUGUUACGAGUGCUACACCAUGUUUACCACCAAGCAAAUUGUCUAUGUUCUCCUAGCAGCGUUGGUAUAUUUCCAAUUCUGCGACACGAUCUCUGCUGGAAAGGAUGAUACGGCCAAAAAUUCUACGACACCGAGCGCCGGAAACGCCACGACUGGUGCAAACACUACGACACCGAGUUCCGGAAACAGCACAACCGGUACGAAUGGUACGAUAACGACUCCUGCAAACAGCACAACCGGUACGAAUGGUACGACAACGAGUCCUGGAAACAGCACAACCGGUACGAAUGGUACGACACCGAGUAGUGGAAACAGCACAACCGGUACGAAUGGUACGAUAACGACUCCUGCAAACAGCACAACCGGUACGAAUGGUACGACACCGAGUAGUGGAAACAGCACGACCGGUACGAAUGGUACGAUAACGACUCCUACAAACAGCACAACCGGUUCCAAGGUUACGACGCCGAGCUCCACAGACAAGAAAACCGGCGGUGAUACUAAAGCAGGCAGUUCCAGUUCCAGUUCCAGUUCCAGUUCCAGUUCCAAAUCCAAUGGUCUAUUGAGUAUCGGAGGACGCAUGGUGGCUGAAAUGGCAGGAGAAUUAAACUCGGCACUAGACACUGCACUCCGUAUGAUGAUCUAGAAGUAGAAAAUGAAGCUAGCCAACGACUUUUAAGGACGAUUCUCAUACGAGACAAUGCUAUUUACAUUAUUGAUAAACAAAUAAAAUAUUACCUCCCGA